GUUUAAUAUGGAAGUCUAAAGAGCUGUCAGCCCUGUGGCAUAUUCCAUAUCGCACUCCUAAUUCAUCAUCCAAGGACUAGAGACAAUUGAUUUAGGAACCAGGCCAUUAUGGACAAUUGGCCAGAGCCAAACUAUACUGACCCCGCUACGCAUGGACAGGGAAUUGUCAUCGCCAACAUCAUCUUUGGUGUGCUGGUCUUGGUUUCCAUAGUUCUCCGUGUGUAUUCGAGGGUGAGAAUCACAUCUAGCUUUGGUGUAGAUGAUAUAUUCAUCCUUUUUGCAACAGCAGUCGCUUUGACAAUGUAUGUGGUCAUGUCAGUCGGAUCAGCACGAUACGGAUGGAAUCGCCAUGUUUGGGAUAUUCCCAGACUAGAUAUUUCCACAACAAAGAAACUGAACCUUGCAUUUCAAGUGACAUUUUCCCUGUCUUCUGGGUUGACGAAAUUGUCACUACUGUGCUUCUGCAGACGUCUCUUUGGAAACACUGGAAAGCUCGCCUUCAAUUUUCACUAUAUAAUACUUACAGGAACCAUAUUCCUUGUCUCCGCCUGUCUUGUAGGGUUUAUCCUGAUCCUUCUUCUUCAGUGCCGACCGUUAAAAGCAUACUGGGACUCAAAACCGGCAUACCACCACAAUUGUCUCGAUGGAGCAGAAUUCAUCUUUACGGCCAGUAUCCUCAAUACUGUGACCGAUUUUCUUUGCACCUUGAUCCCGAUGACCUUGGUUUGGAAGUUACACAUGAAUUUGCGUCAGAAAAUUGCUGUAGCUUACGUCUUUGGGCUCGGGAUACUCAUUAAUAUCGCCGGUGCCGUUCGUAUCUAUUAUUAUUAUCAGUCGACGCAGAUCACAGAUGGGGACAUGACAUGGGUCGGCUAUCCGACAUAUAUAUGUUCGACUAUUGAGAUAGGCCUUGGUUUGAUUGUGACUUCGGCUCCAGCAUUACGCCCUCUAGUCAGCCACUACUUACCACGCCUUAUGUCAGAAACUAGCUACAGGCGAGGGGAUUCUCGAACCAGACCAACAAAUUCGAGAUCAACAACACGACCGGGAAAUCAAUCUGGCAGGUUUGGAUCUAGAUCGUACUUAGCCCCAGAUCAUCCUGUACCUUUAGUCAACACUCAACUUUACAAAGGCCCUCGAGCGUUCGAUGGUAUCAGGGUUACUCAAACGGUUGAAUUGACGGCUUUUUAUCAAAAUACUGAGCAGAACAGUUUCUGUGGCCAUUAUGAGGGAAGACCUCAAUAAUCGCAUCUCGACAACUCGGGCAGUGAUGGAACAUAGGUAUAUCUAUUCCAAAUUUAUGACAAUAAAUCCUCAAAUAUUUCUGGUGUAUCCUCGGCAUAUCUAAACCCGAAAUAUCACCAGGCUAAACCCCGCAAAUGAGGAGAAGGCUGCUACUCUAGAAUAGUCCUAUGUCUUGUUCUUGAUGACACCUCUCAGAGCCAUCCCAGGCAAAGAAA